AUUACCAGUCACACGUUGCGCGCGACAACAGCCCACGACGACAACAGACCAUGCUGCACACCGACGUCAUCCGCGCGCUCCUGAGCAAUGACAACGCCGUUCGGCAUCAAGCAGAGUCCACGUACACGCAGAUCAAGGCGCGUCAACCCGUGGAACUGGCCACGGCGCUGCUCACGUUGACGAGCGUUCAAACCAAUCCGUCGGACGUGGAGACCCGCACGUUCGCACCUGUGCUCCUCCGCCGCCUCGUGGAGACGGAAGGACUCCCAAACGAUGCAGCGUACCGUGCACAGAUGAAGGCGCAACUGUUGGCAACGCUCGUGCAGGAAUCGCAGCCGUCGAUUCGGCGUAAAGUGUCCCAUGUCGUCGCUCAAAUUGCGCGCCAAGAUGCGUCCUGGCCGGAAUUGUUGCCGUCCAUGGUCCACCUCACCCAAAGUCCCGAUGCGAGCAUCCAAGUGACCGCGCUGGACGUUCUCGCCAUGCUCGCCGAAUACACGGGCGCGACCCUCAAAGUCCACCACGAACAGCUCACUCACUUGUUUACGUCCUUCAUCUCAUCUUCCACGGCGUCCAAGGCAUCCCGCGUGGCCGCGUGGAAGGCGUUGUCGGCGUUUGUGUUGCAUUUGGAGUCCAACGACGCAUUGCAGCCGUUCUCGCAGAUCCUGCCGCCGUUUCUGCAGUUGCUUGAAGGAUUGCUGCACAACGGCGACGAAGGGGCUGCGCGAGAUCUUCUGACGUCGUUCUUGGCCAUCACCGAAGUCCAUCCGUCCUUGCUCUUGCUGCAUACCGACCUCGUGGGAAAUGCGAUGCUAUCGACGACCCAAGCGCAGUCCUUGUCCCCGGAAACCCGCACGUUGGCCUUGGAAUGUCUGUUGGCGCUCUGUGAACAUGCUACGCAACUGUUUCGGUCUUCCAAGGCAUUGCUGGAAGCGGUUGUGCCUUGUCUGCUCGCGCUACUAGCCGAACUCGAAGACGUCCCUGCUUGGGUGGAUCAAUUCGACGACAUCAAACACGACGAAGCCACGGACAUGUGUGACGCUGGCGCCGUGGCCAUCGAUCGCGUCGCGCACUCUGUGGGCGGCAAAGUGAUUGUGCCGUUGAUCCUGCCGUUCGUUGCGCAGUACCUCGAAGACGUGACGUGGCAGCGUCAGCAUGCAGCGUUGUACGCCCUGGGUCUCAUGGCGGAAGGGUCGAAGGAUCAUUUGUUUCAAGCAUUGGAUGUGUGGCUGCCUCGUAUUCUCGCCAAGCUUCAAGACCCCAACAACCACCCCCGUGUUCGCCACGCUGCCUUGUUUUGCGUGGGCCAAUUCGCAAGGGACUUUGGCGUUGUCGAGCGAGGCAAGAACUUCCAGACCAAGUACCAUGCGUAUGUCCUGCCCACGUUGGUGCCGCUCUUGUCCGACGUACGAUAUAUAUUAUAUAUAUGCCUUGGUUUCAUUUAUAAACGUGGAUUCAUGUCAUACUCUGGAGUACGGGCCUGUUUCAAGCACCAGCCUGUCCUGCGCAAUCGCGGGUCCGCGGCGUCCGCGAUGAGCAACUUCUGCCACCCCCAACACUGUCGCACACAAUACGUGCUGUCGCUGCUGGACCCGAUUCUGUCGGCCCUUUUUCGCACCUUGCAAACCAGUCCCCGCCAGGUACAAGAACAAGCGAUCACGGCCGUCGCGUGUGUGGCGAAAGUGGUCGGCGACGCGUUUGUCUUGCAUUACAGUGUGUUUAUGCCAGUUGCUGCGCAACUGUUAAUGCAAUCCAAAGGCAAGUCGUAUGCGUUGUUGCGUGGGAAAGCGAUGGAAUGCGUGGCGUUGAUUGGGCAAGCUGUGGGAAAAGAUGCGUUUUAUACUGAUGCCAAGGCCGUGAUGGACAUUUUACUCUGCCAUGACACGGGCGACAGCGGCGUCGAGAUGCAGUACCUGACGCAGGCGUGUGUCCGCAUUGCGAGCGUGCUUCAGGAGGAUUUCGCCACGUAUUUGCCUCUGAUUGUGCCCAAGUUGCUGCACCAAGCCGCCACCAAGCCCGACGUGGUGUUGGUUGACUGGAACGAAGCGACCAAUGAAAAGAAUGAUGGCGAGAAUGACGACGACGGAAUUCAAGAGAUUGCCGUGGACGUACCAGGCCAGGGCAAGAAGAAGCUGCAGAUUCAAACCAGCGCCUUGCAAGAUAAAGAGCUGGGGCUCAAUAUGAUCUACCAAUUAGCUCUCGACCUCCGUGGGUCCUUCUUGCCCUAUGUUGAGCCUGCGCUGCAAGUGAUUGUUCCGCUGCUCCAGUUUGAGUACCUCGACACAGUCCGCAUGCUCAGUGGUUUGUCGUUGGCCAAGUUACUCGACGCGGCGAUCGCUGGCUCGGAUGUGUCGUCUGCCACGCCCCAGCACGUGCUGGAACUGAUUUUCGAGCCGCUCUUGACUGCGUUGAUCGAAGAAACCGACUUGGAGUGCAUCGUGGGCUUGUCGGAAGCGGUGGCGAGUGUGUUGGAAGCGGCGAGAAAUGCCGCCGACAACGGCGUCCGCAUCGGCAUCCCACUGUCGCAUUUGCCCACGGUAUAUGACAAACUAUUGGCCGUGUCCCAUGCCAGUGUAUUGCGCCGGGUGCAAAACUUGACUGAAUCAGCAAACGACGAAGAUGACGAAGAAGUCAACGCAGAAGACGAAGAAGCGAUUUUGCAAAAUAUUGUCGAUGCGAUCGGGUGGAGCAUCAAGCAAUACAAGCAGGACAGUGUGCCGUUGUUCGUGCAGCAUAUUGCGCCAGUGAUCAGUGCGUACUUGGACCCGUCGUUUCCAGCGGAGAUUCGGGCGCAUUUUAUCUGCAUUCUCGACGACGUGCUCGAGUUUGGGGGUGCCGCCGUGCCGCCGAUUCUGCCGUCGCUGCUCACCCACCUCUGGAAUAGCUUGGAAGAUAGCAAUCCGUGUGUGAUUCGAGCGGCGGCGUAUGGCGCUGGCAUUUGCGCCCAACAUGGAGGGCCGGCGUUCGAACCACAUUGCGUCGCGACGUUGCAACGUGUGUGGACCUGUAUUCAAGCUCUGGAGCACGAUCAAGUAGAAACCGACCAAGCGUCGGCGCGGGACAACUGCGUGUCGGCGGUGGGCAAGUUCUGCUUGUAUCGUGCGCACUUGGUGGAUGCACCGACGCUGUUGAGUCUAUGGUUGAACUGCCUGCCGCUGCAAUCCGAUGCCAUCGAAGCGCGUACAGUGCACGCUGAGUUUGUGUCGAUGGUAGAAAAUGCCAACAUGGACCUCCUGGGCGACAACUUUGCCAAUUUGCCGCUCGUGCUCAAGAAAUUCGCGGAAAUUCUGGCCCUAGACUUGGACGAAGAGUUUGACCCGGUGCUGGACGACGACACGAAGGCGCGACUCGCGACGGUGUUGCGCCAUAUUCAGACUUCGUUUCCACCGGAAGCCGUGCAAGCAGCGUGGACGACCUUGUCUGACGAAGACCAGCAAGUGUUUUCUACGUUGCAAUGACAAGCUAAAAGUUAAAUUCGGGGCUGGCUACUAUAGGACUAGUAUUGUGUAGUAGUUAGUGGACGUCCUGAAUUGAGACGAGGAUUUACAGUAUUCAGGUACUAUUGUUCAUUCGAUUCGAAA